AUGGAGGAACGGACGAUAAAGGUGGAGGAGGGCCUAGGGGGUGCGGGCAAGAAAGACGGGAAGGUGGAGGAGGGCUUAGGGGGUGCGGGCAAGAAAGACGGGAAGGUGGAGGAGGGCUUAGGGGGUGCGGGCAAGAAAGACGGGAAGGUGGAGGAGGGCCUAGGGGGUGCGGGCAAGAAAGACGGGAAGGUGGAGGAGGGCUUAGGGGGUGCGGGCAAGAAAGACGGGAAGGUGGAGGAGGGCUUAGGGGGUGCGGGCAAGAAAGACGGGAAGGUGGAGGAGGGCUUAGGGGGUGCGGGCAAGAAAGACGGGAAGGUGGAGGAGGGCUUAGGGGGUGCGGGCAAGAAAGACGGGAAGGUGGAGGAGGGCUUAGGGGGUGCGGGCAAGAAAGACGGGAAGGUGGAGGAGGGCUUAGGGGGUGCGGGCAAGAAAGACGGGAAGGUGGAGGAGGGCUUAGGGGGUGCGGGCAAGAAAGACGGGAAGGUGGAGGAGGGCUUAGGGGGUGCGGGCAAGAAAGACGGGAAGGUGGAGGAGGGCUUAGGGGGUGCGGGCAAGAAAGACGGGAAGGUGGAGGAGGGCUUAGGGGGUGCGGGCAAGAAAGACGGGAAGGUGGAGGAGGGCUUAGGGGGUGCGGGCAAGAAAGACGGGAAGGUGGAGGAGGGCUUAGGGGGUGCGGGCAAGAAAGACGGGAAGGUGGAGGAGGGCUUAGGGGGUGCGGGCAAGAAAGACGGGAAGGUGGAGGAGGGCUUAGGGGGUGCGGGCAAGAAAGACGGGAAGGUGGAGGAGGGCUUAGGGGGUGCGGGCAAGAAAGACGGGAAGGUGGAGGAGGGCUUAGGGGGUGCGGGCAAGAAAGACGGGAAGGUGGAGGAGGGCUUAGGGGGUGCGGGCAAGAAAGACGGGAAGGUGGAGGAGGGCUUAGGGGGUGCGGGCAAGAAAGACGGGAAGGUGGAGGAGAGACUUGCCAGGUGUGGCCUUUUUAGCCAGUAG